AUGUCACAAAGCAAAGCAGAUAAGGGGGCUAAAAAAGCCAAGGAGAAAGAGAAGCUCAAGAUAAUCGAGGACAAGACUUUUGGGUUAAAAAACAAAAACAAAUCGAAAGCUGUUCAAAACUACAUUUCUUCAUUGAAGGCUCAGGUCUUAGGGACUAAAAUCAAGACAAAGGAUGAAAUCAAAGCCGAGACAACUGAGCAGAUGGAAAAGCGCAAAGAAGAAAAACAAAAGAAACUUGCUAGCUCGCUGGAAAAAGCACAGAAAGCUAUACAAGCUUUGAACGCUCAAAUGGCUAAAGCAAAGGAAGCCAAAGCUGCUUCUAGUAAAAUAGAUAUUUAUAGCGAUCCAAGGGACCUUAAGAAUCAAACAAUGGAUUCUUGGACACAGGAAAUGCUGGAAGACGUUAUCAAAAAACGACACGGAGAAAAAGACAAUCGCAGCACCACGGUCGUAUGCAAGUAUUUCCUCGAAGCGCUCGAGAAAAGGCAAUAUGGUUGGUUCUGGGUAUGUCCUAACGGCGAGAAGUGCAUGUAUAGACACGCGCUGCCUCCGGGUUAUGUGUUGAAGUCCAUAGCCAAAAAGACAGAUGAGGAGCCCGAGCCGUUGACUUUGGAAGAAGUGAUCGAAAAUAAACGUUCCAUGCUGAAGUCGAACGGAACGCCUGUGACUUUGGAACGCUUUUUGGAGUGGAAGGAAAAGCGUAAGAUUCAAGCGGCAGAGGAAAAAACUGCACAACCGAGCCAGUUAAAAAACAAAAAAAUGUCGGGUAGAGCCUUGUUUGAAUACAACUCUGACCUUUUCCGCGAUGACGAAGCAACGAAUCGAGAGGAUGAAGAGCUUUCCCGGUUGUUACAAGAGGCUAAGAAAGCUCAACAGGAGCUCGAGGAACUGGCUCGUGAUGAGGCUGACCAACGCGCCAAAUCUACCCAAGAAGAGUUCGAAAAAACGAUUAAAGUUAUAUAUAAUGAAGAGUUACAAACAAUAGACGAAAGUCUCUUGGAUUGA